AUGCCGCAGUUAGAGGAGUGCUUCAGCCAAAGGGAGGCCCAGCAUGCGCAGAGGAUAUUCGAGGCUAUCGGCAUUAUCCAGGGCAAAUCCAGAAGAAGAGAUUAUCGAAGCCAUCCAGUGAGGGCAGACUUUCAUCUUGUGAGCAAGAAUCUUUUGCCUGCAAAACAGAAGAAAUCACAUGUACUACCGGACAAUAUCUUCUCUGUGGACGGCGACCCGGCUCUCUUUAACACGAUAAAGCCUGUGCCGCAGACCACAAGCUGUCAUCACUGUGGUUUGCAUGGGUCACGGAGGUGUUCCCAGUGCCGGCAGACAUGCUAUUGCUCAGUGGAGUGUCAGAGAAAAGACUGGGCUUCUCAUUCGGUCAUAUGCAAGCCGACCAGUGUGAAAAACGAAACCAGCUGCCGAGUUCCUAUUGAAGCUGCUGAAAAGAAAGCAAGUCCUUUGGUUGAACCCGCUGUUAGUGAUCUCUCAAAGCGUCAGGAAACCGAAAAGAAAAUAUUUUUAUGCGAUUUACAAGAGUCGGGAAUAAGGAAAGGGACAGAGAUUCAGGGCUUUGUUGUGGAAUUCUCAAACCCAAGUUAUUUCUUUAUACAUUCGUAUAUCGAGAAAUCAGUGAAGUCUUUGUUCAAGUUGACAACCACACUACAGGAGAUAUACUCAAAACCUGAGAACCUAAAGAAGGGAUAUACCCCUGUCAUAGGGGAAAUCUGUGUGGCCAGAUAUUCCCAAGACCAGCGGUGGUACAGGGUGCUGGUGCAGAACGUUGAUGCCGCCACGAGAAAAGCGCAUGUCCUGUACAUCGACUUCGGGAAUCAGGAGGCGCUGACGCUCGACAACUUGCAAAAAAUGCAUCAAGACCUGGAGCUGCUUUCACCGCUCGCGAUGAAGUGUAUCUUGGUCUCCGUCACUCCCCCUCCGGGCGGGUGGUCCCCAGUAUGCAUCGCAGAAUCCCGGAAACUGAUGGAUCAGCAGAAAGUUUCCAUUAGCAUUGUUGAGGUGCUGCGUGAAGAGGUGCCCUGUUACGCCGUGGAUAUUGGUGCCUCUCUGAGUGAUACGUUUACUGUGUGCGCAGGGAUACACGUGGCCAAACUACUUCUGGAGAAAGGAUUUGCUUCCGCUCAUGACGGAGGACGUAUCUUAAAAGAAAAGAACUCUGAGAUUGGUCCUUUACCAGUAACGGCCAUUGACAAGGCAGCAAGAAAAGAGGAGCUGUCUGAUGCUCCCGAAUCUCUGCCACGGAUCCACGUCUUAAGCGGGACUGCGGUUUCUGUAGGUGACAUUUUCAGUGCUGUCAUCACAGAAAUUAAACACCCCGAGGAAUUUUAUUGCCAGCAACUACAGAACGCAGAGGAACUUUCCAAGCUGAUGGAGUUGAUGAGUAAACAUUUUGCCGCAGUGCCGCCCGUUCCCAGCUUCACGCCUGCUGUUGGCCAGGUCUGCAGCGCCCAGUGUGCAGAGGACAGGUGCUGGUAUCGAGCUAAAAUCCUGGAGAAGAGGUCACAGGAGGCUUUACUGGUCGAGUACAUUGAUUUUGGAAACGUGGAAGUGUUGCCCCUAUCGAGCCUACGACCCAUUCAGAGCAAUAUGUUGAAAUUGCCGUCACAAGCCAUAAAGUGCAGCUUGGCAGGUGUAAAGCCGCGAUUUAAGAGAUGGACUGGAGAAACGUAUGCUGCGACAGCGUCUUUGGUGGCCAACGACGUUGUGACAGUUGAAGUGGUCGGGCAGACGAAAACAUCUUUCGUAGUGGAAGUGGCUGACAGGCACCCGACUGGCAGGGCACGCAAAACAGAGACCAGCCACGCUACACCUACCGGCAAAGGGCAAAGUUGCGAAUGUCAAGGCCAAUACAAGGAGUUCGCGGGGAUACCUGUAGUACUGGAAUUGUUGGCAGAAUGUGUACUCCACCUAUGCAAGUCAGUAAGGACUGUGGUAGAAGCUGAGUGCGUGGACACAAAAACCAAGACCCAGACACCAAGAAAGAAGGCUGCUAAGAGCUUUAAGCGAGAGCCGCUCACCAAAAAAGAAAAACGGAGAAGACAAGAGGACGACUUAUGUUUUUACUGCGGAGAGACUGGCCACAGGAUAUCGUAUUGUCCGCACAAACCAGUCAAACCGUCCGCAACCCACCUGGAGAAACCCCAUGCCCCGGAACCUGCAUAUGACGCCAGCAACGUCACAAAGCAGGAGCAUACCCUGUCGCAUCCACAGACAGGUGAUGCAGGGGUUAACCAGUCCUCAGCACCUAGGACUCCUACGCCCUCCAUUGGGAUGUCAGAUGACCUCCAGACCUUGUCGGACGCCCCCGAGUGGUCUGAUAUGGACAGUGCGUCAUCUGAGACAGAUGAAACAGACACAUCCAUGGAUAUCAACCCCCCAGCUGUUUGUGCGGUAAGGAACACCACUCCUACCACUCACAGGAGUAGGAAUAGGACACUCCAAACCGCACGACACUCCCUAGGGGCUCCUGGCAACGUCCUUGCAUCAGAUGGAAAGAUCGUACACAGAACAGAACUGAUACAGUACGAACAACGUCUCCGUGACCAAAGGUCCAGUAAACGUUCCUCCUUUCCACCUGCAACCCAGCCCUGUUUUGAUGCUAUUCAACGCCGAUCAAAGGAGAUCCGUGCACAGGGUGAUUGCCUAACCCCUGGUGAAUUCAGGAGUAGAGAAAGGACAAGACAAGCACUUACCGGGACCAUCACAUCUGUGUAUCCAGUAGCUGAGGCCUAUCCAGCCCAACUCAGCACAACAGAACCUCUGCCAUCAGAUCGUGUAGUGACUUCCAACGGCAAUGUAAUAUGUCGUGUAGAUCUGGAAGCGUAUGAGAAAGCACUACGUGCUAGAGAGGAGGAGGAAAAGAAGAAGAAGUCUCACCGCAGACGUGUAUUUGUUACACGGGUGAAAGCGACAGGAGAAAAGUGGGGGAAUAAAGCCCCGCAGAUCUUGGUUGCGGGGACAAAGCUACAGGCAAAAGCUGUUAGUACGAGCGAGGAUGGCUACUCUGUCGUAAUAAUGGAGAGCGAGAGCUCCAGGCUGGUCAGCGACAAACUUAUUGCCCAGCGUGAGGCUCGUUCCGACGAUAACAGGGGAAACAUAUCAGCAGGGAGUAUCGGCCAACCGGCAGUCCAGAUACCGUGCAAAACUAGCUCCUCUGCCAAAGCUGUCGCACCGGAAACUAAUAACAAUGCGAGAAGUCCGCAGGUUAUGGUCAGAGACCCAUCGGGUAGUAGAGAAUCUUCAAAGGAUCGAGUGUCUGGUAGAAGUCAUUCACUUAGCGAUGACUCCCUGAAAUCUUGCAUCCCUUGCCAGUGGAAAUCUGUAGAAUUGCCACUUAAUGAGCCCAUAGAAUCGCGCGUGCUGAGCGUGAUCAGUCCCGACCUGUUCUACGCCUUUCCAAAAGAAAACAGAGUUGACAUACAGAAGUUGACGCAGGUGAUGGUGGGUAUUGCCGUGUAUUGCAAAGCGGAGAAGACAAAGUUGAGCUACAGACCGGAUACACAGUUCCCUCUUCUGUGGAUGGCAGAACGAUACACGGCUAUGCGUUUCAUGCGGCAGGGACCCAUCCCUACACGUGAGAUCAAGCGAGUCUAUGGAGUCUUGCGUGGAGAGUACACUGUGAUUGGUGCAGAUGAUGGCUGCUGGUACCGAGCGAUCGUGUUGGACACCUCUUUGUCUACUGCUAAAGUUGCUUAUGCGGACUAUGGGAACACCGAGGAUCUGCCCUUCUCGUCCCUUCUCCCCAUUACCGAGAAUUUCCUGGACCCCCCUGUACCGAUUGUAAAAUGUGCUCUGGCAGGGUUAACACCGCUCUCAGAGGAGUGGUCACCGGCAGCUACCAAACUGCUAAGAGUGCUGGUUCAGGAGCAGAACAUCAUCUUCACUGCACUGUCCGUGAAUGCGGGAAUCUAUUCUGUGUCUGUGGAAAAGCGUCAGGACACUGGCGUGGUAAAUGUGGCUGAAAAGCUUGUUGGUGACGGCUUGGCCCGCGACUCGCGCUCUACAGGAGGUCACUGUAAAGGUAAAGAUGGAUGCUGUUGUUGUUCACAAGACCUGCUCGAGAGGGUAGAAAAGUUGGAGGAAACACUUCGCCUUUUACUUAAUGUGGAACACGUUUAAUGAUCACAUGGUGACGAUCUGUUUCCUAAAGCUCCAGAGAUCCCGGGGGUUCACCAGGAGCGAGUUGCCGGAGUCCUUGUAGUAGUUCUAGACUGCAGCGGACUGCAUCCGAAAUCAGAGUUCUAGUGAUGUCAAGCGGGGGUGGGGGGGGAGAUGAAGAGAAUCUCUCUGAGCAGAAUGUUAUGAUUGUAUUCACAGUUCAGUAAUGUCAGGAUAGGAGUAAUAUACUCCGAGGUGGUGUGUAAAUCCUCAUAUUUAUUUGCAGCGACUUUAGAAAUGUUUAGUGUUUUAAUUAACCAAUCUGAGGACUUUCUGUUUAAAAAAAAAAAAAAAAAAAA